CAUUUGAUGAUAUUUUCGGCUGGAAAGGAGUGUUUGUUAGGAGAACCGUGAAAUACCUUUUAAUAAUUAAAAAAGUUGUGUUCUUUCUUUUGAUAAUAUAAAUGGCAAAAAUGGAGCAAGCUUUAAUUUUGGAUCCUCCUACUGAACUUCGUUUUAAAGCUCCCUUUACGGAUGUGACCACUUCAUUCUUAAGUUUGACUAAUCCCACUGAUAAACAAAUAUGUUUCAAAGUCAAGACUACUGCACCAAAAACUUAUUGUGUGAGACCAAACAGUGGAGUUGUAGCACCAAAAGAAACAAUUGUAGUUGCUGUUAUGUUGCAACCACUUGAUUUAGAAAAUGCUGACAGAAACAGGCACAAGUUCAUGGUACAAAGUAUGUUUGUACCAGAUGGUGAAUUUAAUCAGGAAACUGUGUGGCGGGAUGUUCCUCCAGAAGGUUUAAUGAAUUCUAAACUGAAAUGUGUAUUUGAUAUUCCUGCAGAUUCUACUCAAGUAUCUGCUGAAGUAGCAGAACAACCAAAAGUUGAACAAAAGACUACUCAUCAUGUUCAAGAAGUACCUGUAAAGUCUAGUGAAGUUGAAUCAGAAUCAAAGAAAUUGUAUGAAGAAAAUAAAAAACUUAAACAUGAAUUAUUUGAUCUUCGUCAAGAGAAUUCAUCUCUUAAGGAAGAAGGCUUAAGAUCAAGGGUGGCUCAUGAUACAAGAACCAGAGGGACUUCUGUGAAGCCAGCAGAAUCAGAAAUGCGUCACUCACCAUUUAAAAAGGAACAACCAAUGAUUUCUAAUACUCUAUUAGCAUUAGCCUUCUUCUUUUUUCUCUUUGGACUUUAUAUAGGAAAAAUUAUUUUGUGAACUUUCUUAUAACUUAAAUUCUGGCUACCUUCAUUAAAUUGAGAGUCAAAUGUAGCAAAAGAUGAACACAAAAACUUUCUUACUUAGUGUUUUAUUCAUUUUAUACAAUCUAACCGUUUGUGAUAAUUUUAUCUAACUUUUCAGUGUUGUUUCUGUUUCUUUAAGCGUAUAAUGUUAUACAAAAAAGAAAGAUGAACGCAAAUUCAGAAAUGGAUUAUUUUGCUUAUAUGUCAAAAAUUAAGCAGUACAUAUUUUAUUUUUUGGAGGUAAUAAAUAUUAUACAAAUUAAUAAUUUACUCCAAAUUACAUGAAGAGAUAUGAUACUGUGUUUUGGUAAUAUAUUGAAUGUAUGUUUUUCCGUAGAUGGUUUUUCUCCAAGUUAUAAAAGCAUAGUAGAGAAAAUGAGUUUCUUUCUCACUGUUUAAAUAUUAAUAGCUUUUAUGCAUGGAUAUUGCUAUGGAAAUUGCAUAACAUAUAAUAUGUAAAAUUUUUUAUUUCCAUAAAAUACAUUUUAAAAUACUUAAUUUUUUUUUUUUUUUUUUUUUUUUUUUUUUUCAUAUUCCAAUCUGUUCAUCAGAAUAUUUAUAUUCUUUUCUGUUGAAAAAAUAUUGAACAUUGAAAUCAGAGACUUGUAAUUGUUUAUUUAAAACAUAUAUGAAUGUGUAUUUGUUUUACAUAGAGAAAAUGUUACACAUGAGUAUGUCAGUGUUUUGCUGUUUUGUGUAAGUUUUCUUUUAAUAGCUAGAGAAACUACUUUUCUUUUUUUAGUAACUUGGUAACAUUCCAGUUGUAUCAUUGAAUGUAAAGAUGUGUAACUCAGUGUCUAAAAAUACAUGUUUUUAAUUUUAAUUUUUGAACUUUGUGUAUAUAUGGGUGGGUGUUUGUUUUCCAAAUGAGUUAUUAAAAUCCGUGAACUGAAACCAAUUGCUUUAUAAUCUGAAUAAAGUGCACCUGUAUUCUUUGA